GUGCCUUAUCGCCCUGUAAAGCGAAGAUGUGGCAUGUCUCGCUUGAUCCAUUGUCAAAUCGAGGACUGCUCGGCAAUCGCGGUAAGAGCUCGCAACACAAGCCCUUGAGAAUCCAUGGCCUCUCUCGCCUCGUAUCCAUGUGCAUUUGAGCCUCAUUACGAUGCACAAAAGCCGUUGCAAUGAUAUAUGGCGAAGCUGGGGCAAGUCGCUCGAAAUGCUAACACUGAAACCCUCAUUGGUCGAUGAGGCGCUCGGGCCACAGCGAAAUGAUCGUUCCACCACCUUGGCGUUCCUCUCGCAAACCGCAUUUUGCAAGACAGCUCUCCUGGCCCACCUUCGACUCCAUCACCACCACGAUCCAUUGGCACCUCUAGGUCCCUCGACGGGAAUUUCCCUCCUUUCUUUUGCAUCUUCCGACACUCUCCACUCCACCCGCCGCCAUGUUUCGCUCGUCUAUCGCCCGCGCUUCGAGGAGCUCGACUAUCGUCAUUCCGUCCGCCGCGACACGCACAGCUUUCCCCAGAGCUGCCCCGGUAGCUUGCCAGCUUCAGCAGUCCCGCCAGGCACACGCCAUCUCCAACCCGACGCUCGCCAACAUUGAGAAGCGAUGGGAGGAUAUGCCCCCUCAGGAGCAGGCCGAUCUGUGGAUGACGCUUAGGGACCGCAUGAAGACUGACUGGAAGGAGUUGACCAUGCAAGAAAAGAAAGCUGCCUACUACAUUGCUUUUGGACCUCACGGUCCUCGCCGACCCCCGCCUCCGGAUGAGGGCCGCAACGUCUUCCUCCUCUCUUCCGCCGUCAUUGCCGGUGCCAUUGCCAUCUUUGCCAUGACCCGCAUGUUUGCCAACCCUGUCCGACCCCGUACCAUGACCAAGGAAUGGCAAGAGGCUUCUGAGGAGUACUUGAAGUCUCAAGGAAGUGAGCCCAUUACUGGUUACAAGGGAAUGCUGAUCCAGAGCAAGUCUGAGAAGGACGUGCCAACUAACCAGAAGAUCAACGACGAGUAAAUAACCUGAUUAGGAGCUUCACAGCAAUCAUACCAAUACCGAUACUACAUUUUCUUUUGGUCAAAUUCCCGCUUGGUACUGUCUGUGUCACAUGACAAGAUCGAAAGCCAUCCGAGCGGAAGUCGCUGUCAUAAUAGUCCUCCCUGUACCCAAUCUAGAGGCUUUCAAAGUUUAUAUGAUUUCCACUUUGUUCCCACAUGCAGAAUUGGUGUAUAGUGCAUAUGGUCAGAAAUGUGAAAAUGCGGACCGUUAGUAGUCAAUUACUUAUCUCUUUUUCUAGUAUGAAACACGCGUUCUUUCCUACACUGUGAUCAUCUCAGAAUUUCAAUCACCGAGCAGAUAUCUUGGCGAAAUGGCUGCAUU